UGAUGGGUUCUACUCAGCCCAAUCGUGUUCAUCAAAAGGGAAAGAAAAUUAGGGUAGAUGAUGAUGACUACAUACCGUCAGAUCAUGAGGAUGACACUGAUGCUGAGUCCUUUGAAAGUGUUGACGAUGAGGGCUUACCAAUGCCACCAAAACGAUUGGCGCAGUCAUCUCUUCAACCUUCGCACGAGGCAAUUGUUGUUCCAAAUGGGGAUUUACAUGACAAUGUGGAUACCCAACACUCACAGCCACUUGAUGUCGAUAUGGAGGCACCGAGGGAGGCAGCCCCCCAAUCUAGUGUCGGUUGUUGCUCUCUCUCUCUCUUCAAAAUUUUUUUAAAUCCCAUUUGUGCAGCAGCCACAAUAUUUGUUCCUUCCCAUUCUCAUUGACUGCAUGCUUUGGUUCUUACCAUGAGAUGUUGUAGUGUUAUAACUGGUUUGGCUGCUGUCCGUGGGUCACAGCCAGUUUUUGAUCCGAGCAUAAUUCUAGGGAUACAGUGAAUUGCCAUGUUAAGGUGAUCAUUGCAAAGCCCAUGGGUGGGAAUGAGCAUGGUAUUCAUCUUUUUAGUUAAUCUCUGU